AUGGAUACAAAGAAGAGAGAACACUUCCCGGAGCUCUCGGUGACGUCUUCGUUCUCGUUACCACAUUUUCGCCCGAAGUGCGACGCGACACCACCAACAUCAGCAGCGCCGCCACUCUCCGAGUAUGGGUUCGAGAAUAUUAAGCAGAUUCCCUCCCGACGGAAGGUUGGCUGGCCUUUCGUCUUUCAACGCGUUCAAAAGAUUGAAGACAGGCUGCGGCGGACUAGCAAACAGACCGAAUUAAAAAAAAAAAAAAGCACUUUUUUCGUUUUUUCUUCUUUUUCUACUUUUUCUUCUAUCUUUUUCUUCUUCUCCUCCUUUUCAUCUUCUUUUUCCACUUCUUUUUUCUUCUUCUCGUUUAUCUUCUUCAUCUUCUUUUUCGUCAUCUUUUUCUUGUUUUUCAUCUUCUUUUUCCACUUCUUUUACUUCUUUCUUUUUCUUUUUCUUUUUCUAUAUUUUUCUUCUUUCUUUUUCUUCUUCUUUUUCUUCUUCUCCUACUUUUCUUCUUUUUCCUCCUCCUUUUCAUAUUCUUUUUUCUUCUUUUUCUUUUUUCUUCUUCUCCUACUUUUCUUAUUUUUCCUCCUCCUUUUCAUAUUCUUUUUUCUUCUUUUUCUUUUUUCUUCUUCUCCUACUUUUCUUAUUUUUCCCCCUCUUUUUCAUCUUCUUUUUCUUUCUUCUUUUUCUUCCUUCUUUUUCUUUUUUUUUCUUCAUCUUCUUUUUCAUUUCCUUUUUGUCUUCUUUUUCUACUUUUUCUUGUCUUCUUCUUCUCCUCCUCCUCUUCCUCCUCCUCCUUCUUCUUCUUCUUCUUCUUCUUCUUCUUCUUCUUCUUCUUCUUCUUCUCGACUUCCAAACCCAAAAACUUCUUUUUCUAUCAUAUCAUUUUUGUUUUUACGUUUUCCUAAGAAACAUUCUUUCGUUUUCUUUCUCUCAAACUUUUCUUUAUUUUCUUUUUCCUAUUUUAUUUUGUUCUCUUUCUCUGCUUUUGUUUAUUUCUUUUUUUUCUUUACUCUCAUAUUUUCUUCGUUUUUUGACUUCUUCUUCACACUAUUGCCUUUUCUUCUACCUACUUUCUCUUUCUUUGUUCAUAUUCUUUUUUUAAUUCUCCCUAUAUCUUCAUUCAUCUUCUUCUUUUCAUUAUUUCCUCGUUUUUUUUUCUUUCAGUUUUCUUAUUCUUUUUUCUUUUCUUUCUCUACAUUUCCUUCAUUCCUUCUCUUCGUCUUCUGCGCAUUAUUUCACUUUUCUUCUUAUGUUCUCUCUUUGCUUUUUCCUAAUCGUUUUUUUCUUUUCUUUCUCUAUUUUCUUUCAAUCUUCUUCAAUUUUUCUUUCUUGUUCCUACUUUCAUUAUUUCCUUCUUCAUUUUUUUUUAUUUUUCUUCCUUCUCCAUAUUUCUUUUAUUCUUCUUCCAUUUUUACCUUUUUUUCCUUUUUACUUUUCUGUUUCCAUUUUCUCGUUUUUCUUUUCCUUCCUUCUCCAUAUUUCUUUUAUUCUUCUUCCUUUUUUCUUUCUCCUUCUUACUUUUUCUCUUUGCUUUUUCUUGUUUUUCUUUUCCUUCUUUCUUCAUUUUCAUUCAUUCUUCUUUCUUUUCUUUCUUCAUCCUACUUUCUCUCUUUGCUUUUUCUUAUUUUUAUUUUUCUUGUUUCUCCAGAUUUCCUUCAUUCUUUUUGUAUUUUUCUUUUAUACUUUUUACUUUAUCUCUUUGUUUUUAUUUUUCCUUUUCCAUCUUUCUACAUAUAUCCUUCAUUCUUUUUUCGUUUCUUCUUCCUACUGUCAUUCUUUGCUUUCUUUUAUUUUUAUUUUCUUCCUUCUCCAUAUUUCCUCCAUUCUUCUUCUUCUUCUUUUUUUCAUUAUUUUAAUUUCUCCUCUCUCCUUUUCUUUUCUUUUUCAUUUUUCUCUUCGUUUCCCUUUAUGUUCUUUCCGACCAGAGAUGCCAUCUUUGCUGCCCCCCUUCCCGACGAGCAACGCUUAUAUUUUCUCUCGUUGCAGUGUAGCCUGCCUCCUUCGCGCCAACUCGGCUCUAUCUCCUUGUCUUCAACCAUCAAACCCACCCAAACAUCUCCCUCGUACAAAUCUUCUCCUACCCUCCACAACACACUCGCCUCACUAAAUUCCCUGCCCCACUUCUUCUCUCCUUCUCAACCUUAUGACUAUUCUUUCAGGAGCUACACUUAUACAAAUAUUCUGCCUGUAGAAGUCAGAACAGUGGACUACGGUGACCUAAACCUGAUUAUAACAACUGCCUUCUAUAUACAAUUCGUUCCUGGCACCCCCACUGGCCUUUCUCUCUCUAUCCCUCUCUACUCUCUCUCUCUCUCGCUCUCUCUCUCUCUCUAUCUAUCUAUCUAUCUAUCUAUCUAUCUAUCUCUCCAUUCUCACUUUCUCCUUCUCUCUCUUAACUUUUCUCUCUAUCUCUCUCUCUAUCCAGCACACUCUCUCUCUCCCAUUUCUUUAUCUACUCUAUCUCUUUGUGUCUUUCUCUGCAUUAACCUCUUUCCUUCUCUUCCAUUAACCUCUUUCCUCCUCUUCCCUCUUUCUCUCCCUUUAUCCCUAUUUUCUCUCUCUCUCUCUCUCUCUCUCUCUCUCUUUGCGCCUCUUUCACUUUUUCUGCGUGCUUCUCUAACUCCAUCUCUCUUUCUCUCGCCUUUUACUUCCGUCUUCUUCUCUAUCUCCAUUCCACGCUUUCUCGCUUAUCCUCUCUCCUUCUCUUCCCCAUUUUCUCAACUCCUCACUCUCAUUAUCUCUCAUUUUCUCUCUCUCUCUCUCUUUCUCUCUAUCUAUCUAUCUAUCUGUCUAACUAUCUAUCUAUCUAUCUAUUUAUCUACCUGUCCUCCCUCCUCCUUUCCCUUCUUUUCUUUUCUUUCCUUUUGUCUCUCUCUUCAUCUCUCUCUCUCUCUCUCUCACUACGUACGGCUCUAUCUCCAUCUCUCUUUCUCUCUCUUUUUGAAUCUGUCUUUUUCUCUGUCUCUAUCGCUCUUCUUCGCUUAUUCUCUUUUCAUCUCUUUUCCUCCUUUUCUCUCCUUCUCCCUUCCUCUCUUUCUCGCUUGCUUAUUCAUUCUGCUAUUAUUCUUCCUUUUUUCUCGUUAUUUCCUUUCUCUCACACCUUCUAACUUCUUGUCUAUCAUUUUCUCUCUAUAUCCCGCCCAUUCUCUCUUUCCUUUUUCUUUCUGCAUUUUCUCUCUUUCUCCCUUCUUCUUUCUCCAUUUCUUUCUUUCUUUCUUUCUCUCUCUCUCUCUCUCUCUCUCUCUCUCUCUUCCCUUCUCCCUCCAUUUCUUUUUCCAUUUCUCUCUCUCUCAUCAAUCUUCUGGUUUUCUUCUUUUUCUUCUUCCGUAA